UCAUCUCCACCAGAGCCGUUGCCGUUCACCUUACCCAUUGGUGCCAUUAUCUGCCUGCAAACAGAUAUUAAACUCUCCAUUAGGCCUGGCGAUGGCAUCUGAACCUGGUCGUAGCUUCCCACGGCUGCUGCGGUUCAUCGUUCUCUUGCUAGCCGCCCUGCUAGCAGGUUCCCUCUACUACACCCCUUCAUUUCACUGCCCAGCCAAAAGACUACAGCCGGUCCAGACAGACCCCCUUCCUACCCUGGUGCUGGUUUGGCUCUGGCCUUUUAACAAGACGUUUGACCUCAACUUGUGUCAGUCCCGAUUUAACGUAGAGGGCUGUCUGUUAACGGCGGAUCGGAACCUGUACGAUAAAGCCGACGCCGUCCUCGUCCACCACAGGGAUAUUGCUUUGGACUUGUCCAACUUGCCCAAAUCUCCUCGGCCGCCUCACCAGAAGUGGAUCUGGAUGAAUUCCGAGUCGCCGUCCAACACUGAAUGGAUCCCUGGCCUUGACAAUCUGUUCAAUGUCUCGUUAAGCUACCGCAAGGAUGGGGAUAUCAGCUUGCCUUAUGGGCGUGUGAUUCCUCUCGAGAAGGAGCUGGAGGAGGAUUACAAGCCCCCGGAAAAAGACAAAAUUGUGUGCUGGAUCGUUAGUAACUACAAUCCAGACCACAAGCGAACGCAUUACUACCAGGAGCUGCAGAAGUACAUCCAGGUUAACAUCUACGGGGACUACUUUGAGAGGCAUGUUUCCGAGGAGGAAUACCGUGAGAUUGUCGCUAGUUGUAAAUUUUACCUCUCCUUUGAGAACUCCGUGCACAAGGACUACAUUACCGAGAAACUGUUCAACGCUCUUGCUUUGGGAGCCGUGCCAGUGGUCUUCGGCCCUUCAAGGAAGAACUACGAGCGCUUUGUUCCCAGCGAUGCUUUCAUCCAUGUGGAGGACUUCACCUCUAUGCGAGCUUUGGCGAAGCACCUCUACCGUGUGAAUGACAAUGAGGUACUUUACCACAGUUACUUCAGAUGGAGGAGGCAGUUUGAAGCGGUGACUACUUCCUUUCCGGAGGAAAAUGCUUGCCGCUCUUGCGAGUACGUGCAACGAAACAGGGAAUACCAAGUGCUGACAGAUCUCCAUCAGUGGUUCUGGGAUGGUAGUGAAAGACCAGGCAUGCUGUCAUUAAUGUAUAACACUCUUCAAUGACCAAAGACUCUCCAAAGACAGUACACACAUCCAUCAAAAUACUGUUGCAGAAUUCUGAUUCAGAAGAAAGAUUACCAUAACUGUAUCAAGAGUUACCAGAAGAAAAUAAGGAUUAAAAAACUGGUGACACUUUAUUUGGAUGGUCCAUUGUAGAUGCAUCAUUGAUGCUCCAUUGACAAAUCAACUAGCAUUCAUCUGCAUGUCUCUAUUGAGUUUCUAUUAAAUAUAACUCUAAACCUAACUGUAAUCCAAACUUUAAUCUUAAAAUUUUAGUUUAGGUUUAGAUUUAAGAUUUUUGAUAAUCAGUUACAUUGACAGUUGAAUGUUAGAUGAAUGUUAGUUAAGCAUCUAGAAGGCAUCUUCUACCAACCAUCCAAAUAAAGUGAUACCAAAAAAAAUUGAUCUGGACAUGGGUUUCCACACAUGCCAGACAUCUUGACAUUGUAGAGUUGUAGAGGUUUCUAAUGGUGCCCUGCGAUGAUCCAUCCCAUGCAGCUUGACCAUUCUCACACAGUUCCUGCUUUUUUUGCAGCAGCAGAGAUGGACUUUUGAUGGAACAUCCAAUAGCAUCCCGCAAAAUGUAUUCAGGAAUAGGUCUGGUGACGUGGCUGGCCAUGCCUUAACAUUUGUAUUUUCAAGGCUUCAAGCUUUUGAGAUGGCAGCAGUGUGUGGACGAGCAUUGUCCUGCUGGAAUAGUGCACCUAAUUGUGAUUUUGAAAAAAGAAAUGGUAUGGUUGCAGGACCAGUUCACUGGUCUUCAUUACUGGCACUUUGUUGGCCCAGUGUUGCGUUAAUAAGGUCCUGCAAAACCAGUGGCUCUACCUUUUCUGAACAUACAUUCUGCUGCACUAUUUCAACGGGGCAAUGCUCUUAACUGUCCGAUACUUCCUUUCCGGGUGCAACUGUUUGUUUUAAUUAGUGUACAUAUACUUUAUAUGGUCUGACCUACAUUUCACAGGUUUCUUGGGACUCUGUCAGUGGGAGAACAGCUCAGGAACUUUCCUAUUGGAUAAGAGAACUUUGGUCCAGGAUGGUUGCUGUUGCCUAUAUAGGUAAAAGUAAUGUGGGAUAUCCAAAAACAGGAUGUUUCUAGUUUAAUUUAGAAAAAAAUGCCAGGAUUCAAUCUUAUCCAAUACGAUAAAAGCAUAGGAACAUUCCCACUCAACAAGUAAGCUGUGAUCCUAAGUUUGGGUUUGAGUUUGGUAUUUUACUAGCUGAAAUUCUUGGUAAAAUUUCACAAUGCAAGAUAUAUCUCUAUUGCUUAAAGGGUUAAGUCUAAAAUUAAGUCAGGACUAGAAGUGUUUUUUAAUCUUUUGUAUACAUUUGUCUGGUUAAUUUUGGUUUCUGUCGGUAUCACCUAACUGGGCCUUUUCACCCUUUUUUUGACAUUGAUUGGUUUGUAGAAGGACAUGUGUCAGAUGCAGGGUAAGGCAGUAUGUUUUCAACUCAGAGUUCCAUUUCCAGGUGUUGUGCUGAAUUCUGCCUCACUGCCAGAAUCAGAACCCAUGCACAUUCAUCAUUCAGCAAAAUGAUUGUGACCGAUACUUCACAGAUAAGAGUUAAUCUACAGUUACAGUAGAUACAGGAGUCACCAGCGUAAUCUGAUGUACACCUAAUGCUGCAUGACGCACUUGCUUGUUAAAGGGAAAUCAGAUUUUAGCACGACACCUCUGCUUGCUUUACUUUCAUUGUUUCAGUGAUGUUUCCUGAAUUUGGUCCUGAAAAAGUCUGAACCCUUAAGAAACUUGUGUUCACAAUGCAAAUGAACUGAGUCAUGACUCAGAUUAAAACCAGUUUUUUUGUUUGGGACAAGUUUUGGUCGAUUAGCCCUGCAUUUUGGUUGGAACCAAAAAAAAAAGUCUGAAUGAAAGCUUUCCAAGUAUAUCUUAUUGGGAAACCACUUAGAAACAUCCUAAUUUUAAGAUGCUUUUACACCUAAUUUCUCUGUCUGGAUUAUUAUUAUUAUUUUUUUUUUUUUACUUUUUUCGAUUUUGUUUGAUCCAAAGUAGCAGGUGAAAAAGGCGCCAUAAACCAUGAUCUGGACUAAAGGACCAAAUUAUGGCGCAACCAAAAGAAGUGGUGUCAACCUGUUUGGAUUGACCGAACCAUGAUUCAGUUUAUUUGCAGUGUGGACACACUUUUGGACCAAUUACAGAAACAAAGAACAAAAAGGUACAGAAAUAAAAUAAUUCCAAGCCUAAUCAACUAUGAUUGCUAUGGUAUAAUUGGAAAGGCAACUCGCCGAACUAAUAAUAUUCUGCCAACCAAUCCCCUAAAACCCUAAUAAACAUCCCCAUUGGUGUUAAGUUUCCUGGCAAACUGACAAAUGCAAAGGCAAGGUAGGGUUUCUCAAUUAGCUUAAAAGUGAGACAUGUCUAGACCUUGUGAUUAAGUUAAACAUGGGUAAACAUUGUGAGAUACUGUGCAUUGUGAAAUGCAACCACCCUCCUCCUUCCUUUUCCCCUUCCUUGGGGAAAUAAAUCCACCUUAGGGAAAUACCCCUGUGUAAACGGACAGGGGGUUGUUUAGGGGGAUGUGUGGCGUAGAGAUUGUAGCUGCCAUUAAUCACUUAGAAACUGACACAGUCUCCCGGGCUGGAGAUAUUAUGUCCAUUUUCUCCCUCAUCACACGUAAAAUGUUCACUUAUUUAUUUAUUACUGUAAGCGUCUGGGUGUUUUUGCAUCUGUCAGCUGAGAAAUUUGGUGUGAGCUCGCAUGUUUCUGCCAGGUGUGAGAGUCUUGCAUCAGGUUGCCUCCCUGAAAGAUGGAUGCAUGCUGAAUGUUCUUGUUUAGGAGAACGAGUUGAAGAUGAUGAUGAUGAUGAUGAUGAUGAUAACACUUUUUUUUUUUGCUACUGUCUUUUUAAUAGAGCACUGUGUGGGAUGGUCUAUUCUAGCAAACGGAUAUCAGUUUGCAGGAGCCAAACUGGCACAAAUAAAUAACUGCAGAUCAAUAAAUUAAAACAGAAUUGUG